UAUACAUGGUUGAAGGAAUUCAAGUAAAUUCACGUAGCUCUUAAAAUUAUAAUAAAGUGAAGCAAUUGCUAGAAUAUUUAAGGAAUCCGCAAAGAUUGUGCGCCUAACGAUCGACAUUCACAUUUGCAAUAUGACUGCGCGCGGUAAAUUGACCACGCCCACUACAAUGUCCGCGCCCAUGGCUAUGGCCCAACCGAGAUUGAAUUACAAUCGGACCACAAAUGAGACGUUGCGUGGCAACAGACUGGCGACGCCACUAUCACCACACAAGACCGGAAGAGCAGGUCGAUGCAUCGGCGGUGAUGGCGAUGGUGGCACCGCUGCCUGGAAGAGAACCAAAACCACAGAGGUGUCAACUAUAAGCCGCCUGGAGCUGACGGCACGGCUGGAGAAACCAACGAUUGCCUCAACGUUGCGUUCGGCCAGUAAUCGUGGCAGAGCUAUCGCCCAAAAGGCAGCGGUUCCUCGCAAGCCAGCAACACCGAGAACCGAAACGAAGUGCUUAGAUACCACAUCAAAGCAAGGUAUGCCGCGCAAGGCAGGUGGCAUGAAAAAGGAAAGCUUAACGGAGGGACACCACGACUCCGCAAGGGUGGUGAAACACCCAAUGUCAGAGACGGGUGUGCAAACGAAUGAGGCGGAGAUACUGAAUCGCGAUCUGCUCGUGGGAGAUAUAAAGCUCCUGUUGCCCUCCCCGGAGCUAACCAAAGAAAUCGAACUGGCCCGGGCAGAGCAGAAGAAAUCGUAUAAAUCAAUGAUACGUACAUUUUCACCUCACGAGCAGGAUGAGGAGCAGCACUUGGACGAGUUGAAGCAAUACAUGGAGCGCACUUAUGUGACCAGGCGUAAGCCCAAAAAACCACCAAUGCCGACGUUGGCCAACUAUGAGCCUCAUGAAUAUAGCAGCGUAUUCGAGACGAUGGAUGAGUUCUUUACACGCGACGUACAGAAAGCCGAGUCCCUAACGAACAUCAAAGACCGCAUUAAGCGCAAGGAAUUGGAAUUAAUGAGCAUGUUCAACGAGGUGGAAGUUAGUGAAAAGAUCGAAUCUGAUUCCGAAGCGGAUUAGAAUCAAAUUUCUAUAAUUAUGUAACUCUCAGAUAUAUAUUGCGAAAAAAUGAAACAAAUUAAGUGAAUACAAAAUAAAUUCAAGUAAAA